AUGAACUCGCUGCGUCAAUUUACUCGCCGCAAGGCGCUACAGAGCCUGGCUAUACCUCCGAACCAGAGCUUCAGCACAAUCCGAUUAUGGCAGAGGCAUUUCAGCAGUACUCCAGUCGUUGCUUCCCGGCUAGCUGGCAUUGAUCCUUCAAAGCUUACAGUUACCAAAACGAGCACCCCUAAAGAAUUGACACCUGCUAAGGAUCUCGUUUUUGGCAAGACCUUUACUGAUCAUAUGCUUGCUAUUGAAUGGUCAGCAUCCAAUGGCUGGGAUGCCCCUCGUAUUGUCCCCUACCAAAACCUUAGCUUGGAUCCCUCGGCUUGUGUUUUUCACUAUGCCUUUGAAUGUUUUGAAGGCAUGAAGGCCUAUAAAGACAACAAUGGUCAAAUUCGGUUGUUCCGUCCAGACAAGAACAUGGAGCGCUUGAACAAGUCUUCAUCGCGAAUCGCUCUCCCUACCGUUGACGGUGAGGCUCUGACUCAAUUAGUCGGAGAGCUCGUAAAACUAGACAGCAGAUUCAUCCCUAGUGCUCGGGGUUACUCACUCUACCUGCGGCCCACAAUGAUUGGCACGCAAAGUACCCUUGGGGUUGGACCACCGGGUUCUGCCCUUUUGUUCGUCAUCGCAAGCCCCGUUGGGCCUUAUUACCCCACUGGUUUCAAGGCCAUCUCGCUAGAGGCCACUGACUAUGCUGUUCGAGCCUGGCCCGGUGGUGUUGGAGAUAAAAAGUUAGGUGCUAACUACGCUCCGUGCAUUGUUCCUCAACUGAGCGCAGCCUCCCGAGGCUUCCAACAGAACUUGUGGCUUUUCGGUGAGGAAGAAUACGUGACUGAGGUCGGAACUAUGAACCUCUUUAUUGCGUUGAAGAACAAGGAAACAGGGCAGAAGGAACUAGUCACUGCUCCUUUAGAUGGAACGAUUCUUGAAGGUGUGACCCGUGACUCUGUUUUGGGACUUGCCCGGGAGAGACUAGCACCAAAGGGCUGGACUGUGUCCGAGCGCAAGAUUAGAAUGUCUGAGGUUGCUGAGGCAGCAGACGAGGGUAGGCUGGUUGAGGUAUUCGGAUCUGGCACCGCAGCCAUCGUAAGCCCUGUACGAAGCAUCAGCUACAAAGGCAAGAUGGUCGACUGCGGCUUGAAGGAAGAUGAGGAAGCUGGCGAGAUUGCUUCCCAGAUGAAAAACUGGAUUGAGGGGAUCCAGUACGGUGAUGAAGAUCAUAAGUGGAGCUACGUCCUGUAA